UUGAGCUGCUUGCUGUCCGUGACUACUGUAGGUGCCGCGCUGUUCGCGUUUUCUCCUCCUGGUGAGACCGAGCCGCAGUGUUCACAGGCGAGGAGCUCUCUCUGUCCUAAGCUAAGAAAGACGAGGAGGAGACGUGCGAACGGGCAGCGGCUGGGCCGCGCCGGUGCGGGCUGGCGACUGUGUCCCUCCGCUUGCUGCUGUCUUUGGGAACUGGGUGCCAGCGCUGAGGGGCCUCCAGCGGACAGCGACCCCCUUCCCCGGCCCCCCAGCCCACCCUGCCGGGGAGGGCGGAAGAUGCCAGUGAAGAAGAAGAGAAAAUCCUCUGCGGUGGCAACGGCAGUAGCGGAAGACGGAGGCCUCAAAAAGUGUAAAAUCUCCAGGUACCACCUCCCCCCACCUUUCAGUCUUUCCUCCUUCCUCCUUUGCAGGACAGCUGGAGGAGAAGGAGUUGGGCCCAGCCUCCAGGCCUCAAGUGGAGAGAGCUAUUGCAGAUCCCAACCCCCUGCUAGACUAAUAAGUGGAGAGGAACAUUUUUCAAGCAAGAAGUGCCUGGCUUGGUUUUAUGAGUAUGCAGGUCCUGAUGAAGUUGUAGGGCCAGAAGGAAUGGAAAAAUUUUGUGAAGACAUUGGUGUUGAACCUGAAAAUAUUAUUAUGUUAGUUUUAGCGUGGAAAUUGGAGGCUGAAAGCAUGGGAUUUUUUACCAAGGAAGAAUGGUUAAAGGGAAUGACUUCAUUACAGUGUGAUUGCACAGAAAAGUUACAGAACAAAUUUGAUUUUUUGCGCUCACAGCUGAAUGACAUUUCAUCAUUUAAGAAUAUAUACAGAUAUGCCUUUGAUUUUGCAAGGGAUAAAGAUCAGAGAAGCCUUGAUAUUGAUACUGCUAAAUCUAUGUUAGCUCUUCUGCUUGGUAGGACAUGGCCACUGUUUUCAGUAUUUUACCAGUACCUGGAGCAAUCAAAGUAUCGUGUUAUGAACAAAGAUCAGUGGUACAAUGUAUUAGAAUUCAGCAGAACAGUUCAUGCCGAUCUUAGUAACUACGAUGAAGACGGUGCUUGGCCCGUUCUUCUUGAUGAAUUUGUUGAGUGGCAAAAAGUUCGUCAAACAUCAUAGCAAGAACUAUUGUGAAGAAAAUGCAAACUUUUUGUUUCCCACAUGUAUACAAACUAAUGAAACGAGGGGGAAAAAUCCAAAGGGUGCAUUUUCAUUCAUAUGAAAGACUUCUCAUAGUACUUUUUUUUUUUUUUUUUUCCUUUUUUUUUAAAGGAAGUUUCCUUGUUACAUGUGAGCGGCAUUGAGCCACACCUCUUCUGAGACUGAAUAUUGACAUUUUUGUUUCAAGUUAUGUUUUUAACAUUUAUUUCAGAACAAUAAAGAUUCAGAUUUGUGACAAAGGCCUUAAA